CCAAGUUCAGGUGAGCCUCGUCACCGGCACAACAAGUCCUCUCUCCGGCACCGGGAUGCUCGCUCCUUCUCCCCGUUUAAUGUGAUGUUAUAAAUGGGCCGCGCAGGAUGUGAAGCCUCGCUAGAAGAAGCAGCAGGAUGGAGGCUAAACCCGGAUCGUGUUCGGCGGCGCUGCUGCUCCUGCUGGGCUUCCUCUACUCCGUUCAUGCCGACACCCUGCUGUCAGCUCCGCUCAAUGUGACCAUCAGAGAGAUUGAGGUAAACUCCGCCAUGGUCACGUGGGAGAUCUCAGAGGGAGACCCAGUCAUUGGAUUCGCCAUCACCCAACAGAAGAAGGAUGUACGCAUGCUGAGGUUCAUCCAAGAAGUCAACACCACAACACGCUCCUGUGCACUGUGGGAUCUGGAUGAGGACACAGAGUACAUCGUUCAUGUUCAGAGCAUCAGCAUGGGAGGCAGCAGCCCCCCCAGUGAGCCCAUCCUCUUCAGAACGCCCAAAGAGUCGGAGAAGUUGGCGUCCAAAAGCCCAGAUGAGGUGACAAUGGAGGAGGUUGGUCAGGAUGCUCAGCUGAGAGCUGGCGAACUCAUCAUCAUCGUUGUGGUGCUCAUCAUGUGGGCAGGGGUGAUAGUCCUGUUUUGUCGCCAGUACGACAUCAUCAAAGACAACGAGCCCAACAACAACAAGGACAAAGCCAAGAACUCCUCAGAGUGCAGUACCCCAGAGCACCCACAGGGGGGGCUACUGCGCAGCAACGUCUGAGACCAGCCCUGCAGAGCCUCGUGCAAUAACCAACUCCUCCAACCUCAGGACAGUCUUCACAAUAUCUGAACUCUUACUGUCCUUUGUCGCUCCUCAAGUUCAGUCAAUGUGUUUCCCUCCAGACCCUGAGACCAACAGAAAGCCAUUCUUAGACACCAUCGUACUGAAGCGCCGAGAAACCAUUACAGAAACUCUUCCUUUACACAAUGAAGAACUCUUCCAAAACAAUGAACAGUGCAAGAUGAAACAGAAGAGGACAGAAGACCUACAUUUACCUUUUUGUUCUGACCAAAGCUGGACUGUAGCCUACUUUGAUUGGAUGGUCGAUAUAGACGCAUACAAUGGCUGUCGAAGCAUGGAGGGGAUUUCAUUUCCUCUUAUCAAGAACUGCUUGAUUCAUAUGUUCUGGAUACUUUUCAAGUGGCAUCGAAGUGGAUCAUCAAACAUGGAAGUCUGAUUAUUAUUUCUUGGGCUAUUCAGGUUUGUAUCAAAGGUCAGACAUGGCAGAACAGUGCGUCGCCUGGGAAGACGAACACCUGAAUAAGACGGUUGAGGUAAAAGUCAGCACACAACUUAAGAACUUUGUGUUAAACUUAAACUACUUUUUCUAUCCUUCUAUCUACAUUCCCUCCUUCCUGUCUUAACAGCCCUUUGUGUAGCAGCCCGUUUAUCUCCCUGUCUUUCUUUGAUUGUGUCUCUCUAAUAAGCACAUUGAUGUUUGGUGCUCCUGCUAAUGUGAUUGUUUGAGCCCCCACAAUCCCAGUCUUGAUUAUGAUAUAAUUCUGUUAUUGGGUCAGAAAUAUUGCACGUUGAGUCUUGUCUCCUGCCUUUUUUCUCUCUCUGUGUCAUCAGUUAAAUGAUGCAUCUGUUCACCCCCACCGUUCUGUUAGGAAACCUUAACACCCGUGUCACUUUAAAGCUCACCAUACUGUCCUUAUAUGAGCAGGAUGACACUGUCUGAACACAUGCAUAAUUCAGAUACAGUUCAAGGCUUGACCAGGCAAUCUUUCAUCUCAGUCUUGUCUCGCUUCAAAUCUAAAUUGUACAACUUCACGGUUUUGAAAUCCAGAAGUUAUAUUCAGCACCAUAUGUAGGAAGGAUUCGAGAUAUGCCGGGCAUCUUUCCUAAUGAAAUGUACACAAAGUUUGGCUGAGUUUUUAUUGUGGUUUUGGCCUGAAACCAGCACGGGACUGUAGGAGAAUACAGAUAAUCCACUGAGUUGUGUGUCUGUUUUACAAUGUAAACCAUUUCCUCUGAGACCCCUUCUGAAUCUUUAAUUAACAUGCAAUGCUGUGAAGGGAUAGAGAGAAACACAUUCAAUUCAGCUGGAAAUCCAGAAACAAUGCACUGCAGAUUUGAUCCCCCCAAAGAGCCAGCACUGUAGCAGACUGGCGGUACAUUUCAAGGCAGUCAUGAAUGUGUAAUCACCAUGUCAAUAAAUUCAUUUAUACCAAUUCACAUCUAAUGUUGAUAUCCCGUAUGAUCCUAUGAAAAGACCAAUGAUUUUAUGCCACUGCAAAACCAAGUACCAGAACACCUUUGUACCCAAAGCCCAAUACAUCUUAUUCCUCUGCCAUACAGCUCCAUCGUUGUUUUCAAGACGUUGAUUAAAGUAGAAAUGAGCAAUGAUGAUAUUGUUGCUAUUUCCUGCGUCAAUCAUAGUUUAUUUUUAGUUAAUCAACAACAUCUUGAGGUUGUAGAAACAAACCAAUUUCCUAAAUGUGUAAGAAGAAGGAACCCGUAAUCGUCCCACAGAGGGGAAACUUUACGUUCUGCAUUUGACCCAUCCUAGUGUUAGGAGCAGU